AUGGCGAAUUGGGACUGGGAAGACACCGACUGGGAUUGGGAAGAUACGGAAGAAUCAUCCUGCGGAGAGGAGCAGAAGCAGAUUAUCUCAGAGCCAGAGAUUGACAAGGAGUGGCUCCUUGGUAUCCUAAGGGAAUUUCACAAAGAACCGGUCACGAUAAGCGAAUGUAACGUAAGUCCGGGCUGUAUGAGUAAUGAAAGCGCGCUCAGUGCUAUAAUUCGUGUUAAACUCAAGUACGUGUUGAACGACACAAAUACUACGCAAGAUCUGUCGCUUAUCGUCAAAGAGCUUCCAAAAGAUGCGUUCAGUCGGUUCUUCGUUAUCGAAGGCCAAUUCGAUCUUCGAGAAAUUAAAUUUUACACACAGGUCAUGCCCGACCUGAAAGAAUUUCAAAAGAAGCAACUAGCAUCCCAGGGAAACGAAUCGGACGAGGAGAUUGUCUUGUCAGUUCCAGUAUGCUAUCACGCACAUUACACACCGGCCGACGAAUCGGACGAUAACCCUACAACACCAGAUUCUAUUCUGGUGCUACACGAUCUCCGUGACUAUGAUUUUCGACAUAUUAAAUUUCGCGAAGGAAUGACAUACGAUCAGACUAAAGUUGCGCUGGAUGCUAUAGCACGUAUACACGCGCAUUCUCUCGCAAUGAAGGUUGUCGAGGGAGAGCCUUUGUCCGAACGUUAUCCAUUCCUCUUCCAAACAGCGAAAGCAACAGACUCGUAUCAACAAUUAGUUGAACGUGGUUUGCCGCAACUUGCCAAAUUUUUGAAAAGUACGCCGGGAUUAGAAGAGAUACUCGAGGCUUUACUUGUACUACGACCUAGAACUAAGCACAUAAUAUCGGCACUUCUUGCACCGGAAGGGCCGUUAGCCUUGAUUACACACACAGAUUUCUGGUGUAAUAAUCUACUUUUCAAAGAAGGGCCGUCCGGCCUCGAAUGCUGCAUCCUCGAUUGGCAAAUGGUCACUUAUAGUAGACCAACUAAUGAUAUCGCUCUGUUGUUAGUGAGUUCAUUGCCAACUGAAUUACGUCGAAAACACACAGAAACCUUCCUCGAUAUCUACUGGCAGGCUUUAAAUAGCACGACUUCUCGUCUUGGCGUCGACAUUCCUAAAGACUUGGGCUAUACAAGAGAAGACUUAAAUAAGGAUUACAGACGAUCGCAACUUCUCGCACUUCUACUCUGUAUUGGAUCCGUGGAUGUUGCUUUAGGCGAUACAGAUACCGAACAACGCUUGAUCGACGUUUUAAAAGACCUUCAUAAUGAAGGUGUACUUACAGAUGAGACUGCGAUUGCUAAUAGCGAGAACGACUCUUAGUCAGCGUUAUUACUGCCCAUGAUAGUGCUGCAGCGAAUUAAUAUUCUAUACGAAAUGUAAAUCGAGAAAGCAAAAGUUAUAGAACUGAUUGUUCAACAGUUCGAUUCAUCUGCCAUUGACGUUAUCAUUGCGACUAACGUAAUACAUCUCAAGCAAAAUGGCUUGUGUCGAUAAUUAUGUAAUUGCGGAAUCCAAGUCACGAAGUAUAUGAGAAUAGAAUCGAUGUUAGACUUUUGUGUUUCGAUAUUGGGUUGUUCUUACGAUAUGUAUACCUAUAAUUUAGUAAGAACGUUAAGUAAACAAAAAAUCAAUAAACAUUAUAUAAAGUUUUCAAAUUAAAAACGGUUCGAAAUGUAAAAGAAUUGCCAUAACAAAUAACUUAACUCCGGUGAAACAUUUUUCUCCACGAGUCAGUUAAAUAUAACAAUCGUUUGAUUGAAAUUUGUUCUUUUAUCGAAAUUUCUUCCCGCAAUUACUAUAACGGCUAUACGACCGACAUUCUGUUACUGCUAAUUCACAUAUGCAACAAUUAUAUUAUUCCAUUUCUUUGUACAAACUAUAUAAAUAAAAUACUUUGAUGUUGUCAUGAAUUUAUAAAAUGAUUUUUAGAUAUAAAAAUAAUUCCCAAGUAAUAUUCAUAUACAUAUAAAUAAACGGUAUCAUUACAACUUUAGUUAGUAAAUUUUUCGAUUUUU